AUGUCCAAAAAGUUUAAGGUGAAUCUGAUGCGAUUUCCAAAACCAGUAGACUUAAAUAAAUUUACACCACCAGUAAAGUUAUACCGUGGGGAUCCUAAUGCACCACACCCAUCACAAGUUACAGCAACUUCUGCCAAUAACAACAAUGCAGCAACUGAUACAUCUAAAAUCGCUCCCUAUGGUGGUGCUACGCGGAAUAAGCAAAUGUUGUUCAAGAAACGCACUAAACAGAUCUUUUUGGCGUCAAAGGAAAGCAGAAAAUUAAAACAGGAGGAGGACAAGCCAUGGAUUUUGACGGAUUACGAUGAUCAAAAUUCUUGGAUAGGUGAAAUGGAGGGAGGAAUCCGUGAAAAUCAGUAUGCUAUAUUCUUACUCACGGAGGACGGGUUUAAAGUCGUUCCUGUAAAUCGUUGGUACAAAUUUAAGCCAAAAAUAAAGCACCGUACACUAUCAACUGAAGAAGCGGAAGAAGCGAUGUUAAAAGCGCAAAAAAAGGAUUCGUCACGAUGGAUGAUGCGCGCGUUCAAAAAGCCUUCCGAAGAAGAUGAAGAACUUGUUGCCACGGAGGGAAUAUACGAUCCUAAAGCACAUCUGCGUACAGUAGAAAAAUAUGUGUCGGAUGAUGAUGAUAAUCGACGACACAAAGAGGAUGACGACGAUGAAGAUUUAGAUUUCGAAGAAGUGUUUGAGGAUGAUGAAGAGUUUCCAGAACAAGCAAUGGACGAAGAAGAGAAGGAGGCUGAAAUCAAAAUCAAGAAAUCUAUUAGAAAAGCCACCAUUAAACACGAAGAAGAGGAAGAUAAUAAUUUGCCUGAUUCGGAAGAAGAAGAGGAGGAUUUGACUUCAGCUGGUAAAGAUUUAAAGAGGAUUGUACGCCAACAUGAAGAUAAUGAAGCAUAUGUCAGUGAUAAAGAUGAAGACCCCUAUGCAAGUAGCGCUAAACCGUCCACUAGCACGGCUACAGUCAAAACCACAACAACUGCUUCAAAAGGAGGUAAUAAUACUCCAAAGACACAAAAAACUCUAGCUACCUCAUCUGCAAAAAAACCAAAAGCGAAUCCAAAAUCAACUACUGCAAAAGCUGGUACAUCGAGUUCUGAUAUUACUGCAAAAAAGAGAGCGGCGCAAAAUUCUAAAGCAUCUCAAGGGCAAGGAGCUAAAACCACAGGUGCUGAGACACCCGCCAAAAAAACCAAGGCAUCUUCACCUAAUCGUGUUACCCCUUCUGCUACCUCAUCAACCACUAAAGAUUUGACAACAGCGACCAAAACUUUCAAAGCUGCAAGUUUAAAAUCUACGUCCACUCCAGGUACUCCUAAUCCUGCUACACGGCCCAUUGCAAAUUCCAAAGCUGCUAGUGGUGCGAGUACUAGUACUACACCUAAUCCUAGUACAGCAACAACAGCAAAAACUUCAACCAUAAAACUAAAGCCACGACCACAAGCAUCUCCAUCCGAUGAUGGGACUGCCAAGGUCGGUCAAAAAAGAGCCGCUAGCGACCAAGCAGGGCCAGCCAAAAAGGCAAAACAAGUUGUGUCUCAAACCUCAGCUGAUAAUCCUGUCUCUCAUCUUUCACUUCUAAAACGUACUAAUGCCGAAAUGUCUUCCCCGCCUACUACAAAUGAUAAAUCAAAAAAGAUUAAAACCACAACAACUCCCAAAUCAGUUUCUUUGGUCACUGUUGCUGGUGCUACUUCACAAAGAAAACCAAUUGUGGCAUCAACAAGUAGCAGUCAAUCACCGAUUACGGAUCCUAUCACCGAAACUGAAGUGGUUCGUGUGAUUAGAAAGGGUGGUAUGACUACCAAGGAUCUCAUCGAAACCUUCAGACCUAAAAUCAAAGCUGAUGCCCGUAAUAAGGAUAUCCUCUUAAACUUGGUGAGGAAAGUCUCAGUUAUUGAUAAAGAGGCUAAACAAACAAUUGAGGCUAAACAAACAAAUAUUCUGAAACUGAAAUCCGCAAAACCGCAAGAUCAAUAA